AUGAUUUAGAAUUGCACAUCCUACUUAGAAUUGACAGAGUGCAUAUCCUAUCAAGGAGUCCAAGCUGAUUGUGAAAAGUUUGUUGGUAAUGGUAUGAGUUGUACAAAUGAUGCAACUGCAACUUCUAUUUGUAAAGCCAAAGAUUGCAUUAAGUUGACAGCUGAUUCAUACUCCGAAUCUGUAUGUUAAGCUUAUGGUGUGCAAUGCCAUAAUAAUGGAACUAAAUGUGAUGUUGCAUAAUCUUGUUCAUCAUUAAAAAGCAAUUUGGUGACAUGUACAUAAUAUAUAGCUACAGAUGGUCCAUGUAUUGGUACUGCACUCUAAACUGAAACACCAAUUAGUUGUUCACCUGCUCAAUGCAGUGAUGCACCCUCUACUUUAAUAACAAAUACUUAAUGUGAUGCAUAUAAAAAGGGAUGUAAAACAAAUGGUUAUGGUUGUGCUUCAAGUAUUACUUGUGCAGAUGUACAAUCUUCUUCUGUUUGUGCUGCUAUAAAAAGUGAUGAUAAUUUUAUUUGUAUUUGGACAUCUCAAUGUAGAUAAAUUGAAUCAUCAUGUAAUAAUUUCACUUCCAGUGGAUCAAGUGUUUGCACUUCCUCUAAAACAACUUCAGGAUUUGGUAUUUGUGUUUGGAAGGAUAGUGUCUGCACAGAUGCAAAAUGUGAAGAUUUACCCUUGUCUGUUAAUUCUGAAACAAAUUGCACUGCAUAUUCUGCGACUUGCACUUUCAGUGGAACUGGAAAUGGUUUUGCAACUAAGGGAUCAUGUACUACUUAUAAAAAAAAAGAAAUAUGCGCAAAUGCAAAAUCCACAGAUAAGAUGGGAAGUUGUGCUUGGGAUGAAAGCGUAGUAUCGGGAACAUAAAUAAAAGGGUACAGAAUUAAGGAGUGCUAGGAUGCUGCAACCACAUUAAUAAGUGACUCUGAAUGUAAUUCAUUCAUAGAUGGUUGUGUAAGUAAUGGUGCUGGAUGUAUGAAGUCUACAUUUACUUGUGAUAUGCUUAAGACAUAAUUUAAAUGUCUUUAAGACUCUUUCCUUCGACCAUGCCUUUGGAUUAACAAUUCUUGUAGUUAAUAUUAUAAUUGCACUGAUCUAUUAUUAACAACAGUGACUGCAUGUUAAGAAGUUUCUAAGUAUUGUACAUCCGAUGAAAACAAGUGUAUCCCUUUGAAGAUUUUUGCCAAUUACACUAAAUAAAAUCAAUGUACAAUUGGUACAGAUGAUACUGAUUGUGGUUGGGUUACAAAUACUAAGAAGUGUCAAGUCUUUACAUAAUGCUCAAAUUUGGUAUAGAAUGUUUAGCCUACAAUCCUAAAUGGUGAAUGCUCUACUUAUGCUGAUAGUGAAGUUACUUGCACUAUUGGAGGAACUGAUGGCAAUUUUUCCUUUGAUAAGAGUGCUUCAACUUGUAGGUUGAGACAAUGUUCAGAUGGUUCAAUUUCAACAUCCACUCAUAAUGGAUGUUUUGGAUAUCAAAUCAAUGCAAUGAACUAAUGCACCACAGAUGAAUCUAAAUGUGUACCCUUGGCUGAUUGUUGA